GCCGCUAAUGGCGCCAUUAGGGCGCUAACGGGCCGGUGUUUGUUAGCAAUAGUAAGAGGGGGGAAGGAGGGCUGUAUGCCUUACUCGGGGGGCAGUAGAUGGCGGAGGAGCCGUGCAAGUACAGGCUGGAGCGGGAGGUGGGCCGCGGUAGUUACGGGGUGGUGUAUGAGGCUACGGUGAGUGACACGGGCCGGAGGGUGGCGGUGAAGCGGAUCCGGUGCAGUGAGCCUGAGACGGUGGAGAUGGCGCUACAGGAGUUCUGGGCGCUGCGGAGCAUUCAGAGCCAACACCCCAAUGUCAUCCGCCUGCAGGAAUGUCUGCUCCAAAGCGGCCCGGCCUCCAUCCAGCCAAUCAGCAGCCGCCGCAAGCCCCCCAGCCAUCUGCUCCUGGUAGAGAGUUGCCUGAAGGGCCGGCGCUCCGCGGGGGAGGGCUCCUGCUUCCUCUGGUUCAUUACUGACUAUUGUGAUGGGGGGAACCUCAAUGACUUUCUCCUUGCGCGGCCCCCCGAUCCCCGGCUGCACCGGGCUUGUAUGCAGCAGCUAGCCGGGGCUGUGGCCUUCCUGCACCGCAACCAGAUCGUACAUCGGGACCUCAAGCCUGAGAAUGUGCUGGUGUCCCAGGGGCCCUCAGGGCCGGAGCUCAAGGUUGCAGACUUCGGUCUCAGUAAGGUGUGCCAAGGAAAUGUAAAUGUCAACCAGUACCGUCUCUCUUCUGCCUGCGGGUCAGAUUUCUACAUGGCGCCGGAGGUGUUUGAAGGCCGCUACACGGCAAAAGCUGACAUUUUCUCCCUUGGCAUUCUUUUUUGGGCUAUGGUUGAAUUGGUUACCUUCAGGGAUGCAGACUCACAAAAGGAACUGCUAGGUGUAUAUAUCUGCCAAGGGAAGAAUCUUGUUUCGGUUGGAGAAGCACUUUUGGAAAACCCUAAUCUGGAACUCCAAAUACCAUUAAAGAACAAGAAGUCCCUACCAAGUGAUGUGUGCAAGCUUAUAUUGGACAUGCUGGCGCUGAAUUGCAAAGAGAGGCUGGAUGCAUUCCAACUGGAGAUCAGAAUCGAGCAGCUAUCGUAUGGGGAGAAACUGCAAAGAUCUGGAUCAUAGGAUCCCAUGUCAGGAUUCCCAGAGCCAGUAUCCCAAAGUAAGCUGGAAAUAAAUAAUAAUAUAUACUAUUUCUUACCUCCGUUGUUUGAGUCUAGACUGAUUGGGUGCCCCCCUUUGGCUCAAGGUGAGCGGACUGCAGAAUUUUAACUCGGCGGAUGAGUUAUGCUAUACCUUAUUAAAAAUUGUUAGAAAAAACCUAAGAUAUGUCUGGACACGUGGACACAUUUCUAUCUUAAAUUAAAAAUAAUAUUCAGCGGGAAUUGAAUUUUAACCUAUUAAAUUGGAAUGAAUUCCACCACUGAAA